CCCGGGAGGCGCCCCGCCUCGGCCGGGGCUGACGUCACAAGGCACCCAGCCGCCCGCGCCCCGCGGUGCGCGCCCCGCACCAGGACCCGCCGCCCUCUCUGCGCGACACCCAGGCACGCCCGCGCGCGUGCCCGUGCCCGUCCCCGCCCGCCAGCGCCGCUGAAGAUGGCGAGCCCGGCGCCCAAGGAGCCAGCCGCGCAGGGAUGCCCGGCUCCCGCCGCAGCGGAGCAGGCGCCGCCGCCCCGGGCUCCCGCCGAGGAGCAGGAGAAAGAAGCGCCAGAGGAAGGGGCGGCGGCGGCAGCGGGCGCGGGGCCGCAGGUGGAGGAGGCCGCAGGCGGGGUGGCCGCCACGGUGACCUGGCUGCUGGGGGAGCCCGUGCUGUGGCUGGGCUGCCGCGCCGACGAGCUCCUGAGCUGGAAGAGGCCGCUGCGCAGCCUGCUUGCCUUCAUCGGGGCCAACCUGCUGUUCUGGUUCCUUGCCCUGACUCCGUGGAGAGUGUAUCACCUGAUUUCCGUCAUAAUACUUGGGCGUGUUAUUAUGCAAAUAAUAAAGGAUAUGGUUUUGUCUAGAACAAGAGGUGCACAGCUGUGGAGAAGCCUCAGCGAAAGCUGGGAAGUUAUCAAUUCCAAACCAGAUGACAGACCCGGGCUCAGCCACUGUAUCGCAGAAUCAUGGAUGAAUUUCAGCAUAUUUCUUCAAGAAAUGUCUGUUUUUAAACAGCAAAGCCCUGGCAAGUUUUGUCUCCUGGUCUGCAGUGUGUGCACAUUUUUCACCAUCUUGGGAAGUUACAUUCCUGGGGUUAUACUCAGCUAUCUACUGUUAUUGUGUGCAUUUUUGUGUCCACUGCUUAAGUGUAAUGAUAUUGGACAAAAAAUAUACAGCAAAAUCAAGUCAUUUCUCCUGAAACUAGAUUUUGGAAUCAGAGAAUACAUUAACCAGAAGAGACGUGAGAGAUCUGAAGCAGAUAAAGAAAAAAGUCACAAAGAUGACAGUGAAUUAGACUUUUCAGCUCUUUGCCCUAAGAUUAGCCUCACUGCUGCCGCCAAGGAGUUGUCUGUGUCUGACACGGACGUGUCCGAAGUCUCCUGGACUGACAAUGGGACCUUCAACCUUUCAGAAGGAUACACUCCACAGACAGACACUUCUGAUGAUCUUGACCGACCUAGUGAGGAAGUUUUCUCUCGAGACCUUUCAGAUUUUCCAUCUCUAGAAAAUGGCAUGGGAACAAAUGAUGAGGAUGAAUUAAGCCUUGGCUUGCCCACUGAGCUCAAGAGAAAAAAGGAACAGUUGGACAGCGGUCCCAGACCAAGCAAAGAGAGGCACUCAGCCGCUGGUCUCACCCUUCCUCUGAGCAGUGACCAAACCUUCCACUUGAUGAGCAACCUGGCUGGGAAUGUCAUCACCGCUGCAGUGACGGCCGCCAUCAAAGACCAGUUAGAGGGCGCGCAGCAAGUGCUGACUCAGGCUGCACCCAGCCUGGGGGAGGACACAGACACUGAGGAAGGGGAUGACUUUGAACUCCUUGACCAGUCAGAGCUCGAUCAAAUUGAGAGUGAACUGGGACUUUCACAAGACCAGGAAGCAGAAACACAGCAAAAUAAGAAGUCUUCAGGCUUCCUUUCAAAUCUACUCGGAGGCCAUUAGUCUGGGAAUCAGCUUGUAUCACAGAGCACAGAUAAACUACCAAAAAAUUUCAAACAAGCAAAAAAAAGAAAAAAAGAAAAAAAAAAGAAAAAAAAUCUUUUUGAACUGUGAGCUUUACUGAUUACUUUAGAAUUUUUUGGUCUCCCCCCCUUCUGCAGUGAAUUAAUUGGAUAUAUAUCAGCUGACACUGAUAGAUUGAUAUUUCUGAUAGUUAUUUUUAUGUAAGGAGCAUGGAAAUGAACUUUAUAUAUGUGUGUAUAUAUAUGUACUUACUGUGUUGUCAGAGUUGAAUGAUAGAGGUUGUUUUUAAAGCAAAAAGAAAACACCUAAUUGAGAUCCUCCCAUAAGUAUUCCUUAUUUUUUCUUCACAGUUUUUCAAGCAUGCAAAAACAGUUUAUUGUAACUCAUUGAAAUAUUAACAAUUAAUUGCGAAUACAUGCUAUAUCGGCUCCUUUGUUCCUAAUACCAGAGAAAAAUUGUGGUAGAUUUUGACGUAAAAAGACAAAAAUUAUCAUCAAGUUCUCUUUGGCUGAAAGAUUUGGAAGAUACUCUUAAAUUUAAUUUGCUAGGAAAACAUUUAAAAGUAUAUCUAACUCCUUUGGGUAGGCUGAUACAUUUCCAUGUCAUUUCUGCAGUUAUAGACUUUGAGCUUCCGUGUCAAUGGCAUGCUCCAUUGACUGCCAGCUCUCGUCUUGCAGUGGGUGAUAUUAACCCAUAGAAGGCAAGUAAUUCUAUCUCACGUAGACGGAAGUUUUGGUAUAAACAGAGAUGGGGCUGUGCUGUUCAGUUGUCAUCUAUUUGUAAUAGGGAUGUUGUGAGUACCUGCUCAGAACUAGGUUCAACCCUCACCUUUCAUAUUAUGGGAAAAUGUCUCUUAAAGUUGUGAAACUAGUUCCUGGUAUGUUCUAUGAGUGUCAUCAGCAGUAGAGAAACAGUAACUGUUUUCAUAGUCUGUAUCCAUUCUCCUGCAGGGGAGCAACUUGCCUGGCUUUCAGGUACAUUUCUUUGCCAUUAAAAUCUAAAUCUGUCAUCUGUUUCUUCUUAGGAAGCUAGAACAUAUUUUUCCUUUAUUUUAAACUUUCUCGGUCACUUUUAAAUAACCAAAUUUGACUUAGGUUUUGAACAAAAGACUAAAGAGCAGAAAUCAAACUAAUUUUUGUGUUUGUGAUAGAAACUUUUAAUAGCCUUGAGGGACCAUGUCAGCCACUACCAACCAUCCCUUCAAUCUUCAGGUACAGCUGGCAUUUUGACAGAUGCAUGCUGACAUCUGAGACCCUCAGAAAGGAAGGAUAAUCCAAGAACAUAGGAAUCUGUGAUCCCCUCCCUUUACUUUAUCCCUUUCCUUAACUGUCUAAAGACUAGUCAGAUGGGUCGUCUGACAUUUUAAUGUAGCAUCUCAUAUUUAUUUUUUCUUUCUGAGGUAUUAAAACAUCUAGACUGAAUUUUGCCAAAUGUUAAAGGGAGAGAAGUUACUGAAGGCUCUGCAUACUUGCUUUUUGUGAUUGACGAUGCUUCUGUGUCAUUAGUGCCUCAUGACUGUGUUUGAUGUCCUUUAUUGAUAUGAAGUGAGUCUGUGCCUUCAUCAUCUUGCCCAUUUUGGUACAAAUGAAAAACCUGGUGUUAGAUCUAUGAACUGUAUGGGUUCGGGAGGAACAUACCUGAAUUCUAUUCAGUAAGAGUUUCUGGACAUGAAGAAAAAAUACAGUCACGUAUUUAUAAAAUA